AUUAGGAAAAUAAUGCUCCACCUUGUCAGGCUAGAGUUGUAAAACUCUUGUGUCCUGGCAACCGCAAGCAGGCUCUGUGAGAAAAUUAGUCCCUGCAUUUACUGAAUCUUUCAAUAACAUGUAGAGCCAGGUUAGUGGUUGACAACAGAGCAGGAGGAAAUAUUUGUCAUGUACAGGUAGUGCCUGCACAGUAGCACAUGAAGGCUGUCUAAUUACUUCUAGUUAUAGUAGAAUACAAGAUAAAGCAGCACAAUCAAGUGCCAGGCAAAACUGACAGAACUGGAGCUGAAGAAAAUCAAGGCUCUUUAUUAUUUAUGUGAAGACUCAAGUCCUGAGUCUUCCGUACCGGCAAAAGAUAAAACUACCAACACAAUGAAAUAUCUCAGCAUAAAGGCCCUACCACAAUAGAAUAAUACCUAAGUGAAUUGAAGAUUAAAAAUGGCCUGGUGUCUGUAAGCCAAGAGGAAAUGGGGCAAGAUGAAAAUAGGCAAACUCCAGAAAAGAAUGGCACACCAAGUAAUGGUGCAGGCAGAAUGGAGUGCAACACUGCAGAAGAGUCACAUGAAACACAUUUGAGAGGAAGAAUAAGGCGAAAGGCUGAUGUUAAAAAAGAUGAGAAAAAAUCAUCUCUGUCAAUACCAAAGUCCCCUAAAAAAGAAACAAUUCAAAGGGAAGUUGUAAAGUCUGCAACUAAAGUGAGAAAAACAUACAAGGAGAAGAAUUUGCCUGAUGACUCCAAGUCUAAAGAAACAGUUGAAAAGCAGAUAAAUGAGACUCGACCAAGCAGUAGGGGUGCAGAACAAAGGGAUCCACCAACAAUGUCCAAAGUCUGUGAUCUUGAGCCUUUGGGUGAGGCUAAACCUGAAGCAGCUACAGCAAAGCCAAAAAAUUCCCCUGGGGAGAGGAAGCAUGAAGAUUCAAGAGGCCCAGGCCCAUUCUUUUACAUAGGAGGUGGCAAUGGUGCACAACUUGUUAGUGCUUACUGUGCUUCCAAAGGCUGGCAACGCAUCUUUGACAGCAAAAGAGAAGAUUAUAGGCUGAAAUGGUGUGAAGUCAAGAGCUCGAACACAUAUUAUGCAUUUAAGACAGGUGAACAAAUUGUAUAUCAGAUACCCAACAACAAGCUCCUUACAAGUAAAAUUGGCCUCCUAAACAGCCUUCGAGAGUAUGAACGAGUCAUGCAGAGGCUUAACAGAACCAGGCAAGUAUUACAUUGCUAUAUUUUUAUACAUGUCUUCCAUCAGAAAAACCAACUUCCUUACCUAACUGUUGAAUGCAACAGUGCAGUAUUCUGGAAACUGAUCACGUACCAAUUUUCUAUAGUGUACAAAUACAAUACACUGUUCACUGUCGUGGCUUUUCUUUUCCCCAAUAGGGUGCUGAAAAUGACAGAUUUUUUCCCUGAAACUUUCCGUUUGGAUUUAAAGGAAGAGAGGGACACUUUCUUUUCACUUUUUAAAGAGGGAGAGACGUGGAUCUGCAAACCCACAGGACUGAACCAAGGACGAGGCAUUUUCCUGUUGAAAACCCAAGAGCAAGUCAGCGCACUUAAAUCUCAGUUCCAGGACUUGAGUGAUGAGUCUACAGUCAAAAAAUCCAGGUUUAAAUGCCCCCAAGCCCGAAUUACCCAAAGGUACAUACCUAACCCUUUGCUUUUGGAUGAGCGGAAAUUCGAUGUUCGCUCAUACAUGAUCAUUGCCUCCACCACACCCUAUUUUGUGUUCUUCAGCCACGGGUAUGUGCGACUCACUUGCAACAACUAUGACCCCAAAUCUGAUGAUCUCACUGGACACCUGACCAACCAGUACAUGCAAAAGAAGAAUCCUCUGUAUAGUGAACUGAAGGAGGAAACUGUGUGGGGAAUGGAAAGAUUCAAUAAUUAUGUGAAUGAAAAUUUUGCUUCUGCCAAGGGAUUACCCCAGGACUGGGUGCUGAACAAUUUUACGAAAAGGAUGCAGCAAAUUAUGAUGCACUGUUUCCUGUCUGUGAAGUCAAAACUUGACUGUCGCCUUGGAUUCUUUGACCUGAUUGGCUGUGAUUUCCUGGUAGAUGAAGAUUUUAAGGUUUGGCUACUAGAGAUGAACUGUAACCCAGCUCUCCACACUAACUGUGAGGUGCUAAAGGAGGUAAUCCCAGGCGUGGUCAAUGAAACUCUAGAUUUGGCUCUUGAAGUUUUCACCAAAAGUCAGAAAACCCAACAUAUUAUUCCCCUGAAUGCCCAGAACAGAUUUGUUUUAUUGUAUAAUGGAGAAAGUAAUGAACAUGUGGUGAAAUAUUCAAGGUCCAGAACUGCUAGUCCAUCUAAGAACCCAAGCCAACUGCAAACAGAAAGCUUCCGGGAGAAACCACCGAAGAACACAGAGAAAACACCUAAGAAACCAAAGGUUUCCUCAGACCAUGGGAUUGUUAAUGUAAUCAAACCAGCUAACAAGUCCAAGACUGCUCAGAGAGCAACACUGGCAAUAUCUCCGGUUCAGAUGAUUGGAAAGUUUAGUGACUUUAUACCUCAUGCCAUUAAACCUAAACACAGACAUGAAUUAAGAGCCAGCAGAAUGGAUGGAAUUCAGAAAAAAUUGGUUAUAUCAACAAAAGGUGAGACAAAUGAUACUUCUACAAACCCCAAAGCUGUAGCCAAGAUUGUCUUCUCUGGCCCUCAGCGACUCCGUAUUCUUGAAAGCAGAUCUCAUCAGUACUUAAAUAAGAGCACACAUUUUCCACAUGUAAUCUGCAGUUCCUUAGUGGACACCAAUGAAAACUCUCAUGUGGCUUAGAGCAGUCUCAGCAUGCAGCCUGAUAAUCCCAAGGCACUUGUUCUCAAAAUGGAACACAAAAGGGUGAACAUGGAGUCUCCCGGGUAAUGAAAAAGGGCUCUCAUGAACAUUAAGAACAAGAGCCUACGUAAUCACAUGGAACAUUCUCCAGAGUUGUCCCUUUAGGCACAGAUUCUCAUCCAAAACACUAAGGAACCAAAUGAAAAUCUAAAACUAAAAACUGUAUUUUGGUCAUUCUUUAACCGGUUUAUUUUUUUACUGAAUCUUAUUAUUGAAAAUAAUUGGGGGGGGGUAUACAGUAACAUUGUUGUUUAGAUAGCAAAAUGAUCUUUUGAGUUUCUGUAACAGUAUGUUAUAGAUCCCAAGUCACUUAAAGGGGAAAUUAUUUGUAUGUGUAUUUAACUAGUGUGCAGUGAUAUGAAUGACUGGUGCUAAAAAAAAGAUGCAAAGAUGCAAUGACACAAUCUAUAAGGAAGGUUUGCAAAUUGCAAUCGAUUUGAAAGAUGAGUGAUAGAUAUAUCUCCAAAAAUGGUAUACACAUUUGUAUGGUAGCCUAUUCUGCAAGAAAAAAAUUCUACAAUUCUGUAUAUUCUACAUUCUGAAAACAUUAGACUAGCUUUACUUUUGAGGCAUGUUUGCAAUUCUUCUGAAUCCCUUGAAGGUUCCUUAUUUCUCAAUAGAAAUUGACAAUAUUCUUCUUUUUCAAUCACUCAACUGAUGAUUUUUAACUGUUUUAAAUUACUAUUAUUAAUCAAAUGUUUAGUCCAAAACAAUACAUUCUCUGUUAAAGGAAAACUAUACCCCCAAAAUGAACACUUAAGCAACAGAUAGUUCAUAUCAUAUUAAGUGGCAUAUUAAAGAAUCUUACCAAACCGGAAUAUAUAUUUAA